ACGCCAACAAAGCCUUCUAUUUUGAAUAGUGGCUUAUAAGUGGAGGUAGGGUUAUUCGAAUUUUGAGGUUAUGUAUUUAGUGCUGUGAGAUUUUCAUUUACAGUCUUAAUAAAUACUUUUAAAAUAAAAAUGUCUUCAGUUAUGCAGAGGAUUGUAAAACCUAUUACACACAAGGGAAAGAAAGCUCUUGUCAACAGAGAACCAAAACUGAUUGAGAAUACCAAGCAGUGUUUGUUUAUAAAAGGGAAGAAUACCAGUGACAUCUCUAGGAACUGUUUAAGAGAUUUGUACCAACUGAAGAAACCAGAUGGGGUACAAUUGAACCAAAAAAAUGAUAUUCUACCCUUUGAGAACAUUACACCUUUAGAGGGUUUCACAAAAAAGUACAAUGCCUCCUUAUUUGCAUUUGCAUCACACAAUAAGAAGCGACCACACAAUAUAGUCUUAGGUAGAAUGUACGAUGACACAUUACUGGACAUGAUUGAAAUGGGGAUAGAAAGUUACAAGGGGUUAUCUGAAUUUACUUCAGAAAAAAUAUCUCUUGGAAUAAAACCUUGUUUAUUGUUUGCUGGACCGCAGUUUGACCAAAAUUCUGAUUUGAAAAGGCUUCAGAAUCUUUUGGUGGAUUUUCUCCAGAGGGAGACUGUAAAUGCCAUCAGACUGCAAGGCCUGGAGCAUGUAAUCAUGUUCACUGCCGAUGAAGAUAAAGUGUAUUUAAGAAGUUACAGAGUUGCCUUGAAAAAAGCUGGAGGUAAAACACCUCGAGUUGAGUUAGAAGAAAUUGGACCCUCUGUGGACUUCAAACUUAGAAGAACAAAACUGGCCUCUGAUGACCUGUUCAAGUUGGCUUGUAAAAGACCUAAAUCAUUGAAGGUGAAAAAAGUGAAGAAUGUGACUCAUGAUGCCUUUGGAACUAAGUUGGGCAGAAUUCACAUGACCCGUCAAGAUGUUAAUAAACUGCAAACCAGAAAAAUGAAAGGUCUUAAAAAAUCUAUCGCAGAAAAGAAACAAGAAAAGAGUCAAAGGGUUGUAAAUAAGGGUGGAGAAAAAUUGUAACGGAUAUUGAUUAAAUUAUUGAUUUUUAAUUAUGUA